GUUGCUGUAAGUAACUUAUUAGUUUCAUUCCAUCAUCAUUAUGAAAACCUUAACUAGUAGUACUUGUCCUUAUUACCUCCUCCACUUGCUUCUGCAUAACAUGUGAACAAAGCACGGACUUGGAAGAAGCAAAGCUAUUCAUACUGUUUCUCUUGUGAUUCUGCUUCUUCGUUGGUAUAGAUCCAUCAAUACUAAUUUGCUAGCUACUUAUACUCUUCCUCCUCCAUACCCACAUUUCUCAUUUUUGUGAGCUGUUUUCAUCUAAACAGAUGAAGAGAAUGAGGGGUCAUCCCAUAUUUUCCCUCUCUCUCUUUUACGGGGUCCUCUUUGUUUCUAUGCCUUCCUUCGUUUCACCUUAUGAUGGGCCACUCUAUGAUUCUUCAGCUUUUGCCGAGUGCAAACUAUACCCGGAGAAGCCACUUUAUGGUGGGGGAAUUCUAAAGGAUAAGCUGCCGGAAUUUCACAAGUUUUUGAGGAUGGAUGGAAAGACAGUCACUGCACCUAUUUUCAAACUGCAAGAUAUCACCCCUGGCAUAAUUUAUUCUUUUUCCACUUGGAUUAGGAUAAAAAGUGCUGAUUCUGCUCUCAUAACGGCAAGCGUAGGUGACAAAGAUUCAGAAGAAUUAUGUGUAGGCACUGUAGAUGCUAAGCCUGGAUGUUGGUCCUUCCUCAAGGGUGGAUUUGUAGUUUCUACACUUAAUUUGUCUUCCAUAUUUUUAAAGUAUUCAGAUCAAGAAGACUUGGAAAUCGAGAUUGCUAGUGCUUCCCUGCAGCCAUUCACUGAGCAGCAGUGGUUGUUGAAUCAGCAAACAAAAAUUAAUAUGGCAAGGAAGCGUGCUGUUACUAUCCAUGUCGCAAACAAGCAAGGAGUUAGACUUGAAGGUGCAUCACUAAAAAUACAACAAGUCUCCAAGGAUUUCCUCCUUGGAUCCGCUAUUGCAUAUACCUUUAUUGGUAAUACCCCCUAUCAGAACUGGUUUCUUGAGCGAUUCAAUGCUGCAGUUUUUGAAGAUGAAAUCAAGUGGUACACCACAGAGCCCAAACGCGGUCAACUUAACUAUACUCUAGCAGAUCAGUUGCUGGAAUUUGUCCGAAGAAACCAGAUCACAGUUAGAGGUCACAAUAUUUUCUGGGAGGACCCUAAGUAUACACCAGGCUGGGUUCAAAAUCUUACAGAUUCUGAGCUGAAAUCAGCUGUAAACUCCAGGAUUCAGAGUCUUAUGUCCAAAUACAAAGAUGAAUUCGUUCACUGGGAUGUUAACAAUGAACUACUUCACUUUGAUUUCUAUGAACAAAGGCUGGGACCGAAUGCCACACUUGAAUUUUACAGGACAGUGCACCAGCAAGACCCUUUGGCGACUUUGUUCCUGAAUGAAUUCAAUGUGGUGGAGAAUUGUGAUUCUUCGUCCACCGUUGAUAAAUAUAUCUCAAAGUUGAGGGAGCUCAAAGAAGAUGGCAUGUCAAUGAAUGGAAUUGGCCUUGAGGGUCAUUUUGGAGUUCCCAACCGGCCUCGAAUAAGAGCUACUCUGGAUAAAUUAGCAACAUUGGGGCUUCCCAUUUGGCUCACAGAAGUUGAUAUCAGUAAUACAUUCAGCAUGGAAACACAGGCUAUUUACUUGGAACAAGUAUUAAGGGAGGGCUUCUCACAUCCAGCUGUGGAUGGGAUAAUGUUGUGGAGUGCCAUUAGGAGAAACAAAUGUUACAGAAUGUGCCUUACAGAUCCGGACUUAAAUAACCUACCAACUGGUGAUGUAGUGGACAAGCUUCUGAAGGAGUGGGAUACUGGAGUUCUGAAGGGACAAACUGACGAGCAUGGCUCUUACAGCUUCUAUGGCUUCCUUGGUGACUACAAAGUCACUGCUAAGUGUGGGGAUAAAGUUGUGGAUUCAGCAUUCUCUCUUAGCCGCAGUGAAGAGACUAAGCAUUUUAGCAUUCAGCUGUGACUGGCUUGUUAGUAAAGAAAAAUGCAGCUAUGUAACUUAAAAGCAAAGAGCAAUAGCUUCAAAUAUGCUAACCGUCUUGGAGGAAAAAAAACAAUUACAACACUAUAAACCAAACUCGAAGAUAUAGCUUACCCUUGUUUAGUAUUCAAUGUAUACUCUUUAAAGCAUUUAACACGAAUUAAUGUUAUAACUUAAAUGAUGUUUAGUAAUCCAA